AUGGCUUCUGCAGAUCUUAUUACUUCAAUUCUCAAAGAGAACCUCUACGAGAUCUUUGGUUCUCCAUCCCACGAAGAUCGUUUACAGAAUCUUGCGCGCCUCUGGAACCCCGACGCCCUUUUUAUCGACCCUUUCGGUGUCUUUAAGACUCAUGAGGAGGUAUCCAACGCUAUUUCCGGGUUGCAGCAGGAAGGCUGGGUGUUCACGGAAUUGAGCGAAGUACAGGUAACAUCCCCACCAGGGAGCGAGAUUGGAGUCGCGAGAUUGCGUUGGGGUUAUGGAAAGGCAAGCCAAGAGCCGGAGCUGACAGGGCUAGAUGUUAUUUCUGUGAAAGACGGAAAGGUUGAAAGAUUGUACACCUUUUUAGAUAGCAAGUCGGGCAACUGA